AUGGAGGAUACAGUAGGCGAUACAGCAGAGUCUCCGGCCCUUUUAGGGAGGAGCCGUCAAAGCGAAGGACGUUUGUGGCUUGCCAGCGCUGUCACGAACACAAAAUCAAAUGCUCAGGAGAUCAACCCUGCAUCAAGUGUCAACAGGUGGGCUGCGCCGACGAAUGCGAAUACACCCGUCGAGACCGACAGGUCAGGCUACUUGGACGAACUUGUAUUAGAAAACCGACGGUUGAGAGAGCAAUCGGCCUUGGCCACCCAGACCGAAGCAGAUCGCGAGGAUCCGGAAGCCAUACCGCCACAACCUGCCGACGCGCCCGACGAAAGUAACACCAGCGUGCGCAACCCGCUUAUCGGGGAUCGUGCCUGGUUUCAUCGCUAUGAUCCUUCCGCGCCGCCUAUCUACGUCGGUGAGGCAGCCUGCACAGCGUUUGCUACUCGUUUCCGUCGCUUUCUGACAGGGAACAAUGCAACCGCGCAUAUACCGCGUACGCAGUAUGUCGAGGACGAAAGCAUCGCGGAGGCCAGCACGGCCAAUAUUCAAUGGCCGAGCCUGCAGCAGGCGAGGUUACUGGUCAAAAUUGCGUUGCGACAGGUUGGCUACAUUUACCAUCUCGUGCUGCACAAAUCGACGCUAGAAAAGCUCGAGGAGAUCUACCGAACUGAAGACUUUGAAUGUACGGUCAACAAGUGCAAGUUCUUUGCGCUGUUUGCAUUCGGAGAAGCGUACGCCAUGCGAGCCGAGCUGUCCGCUGGGUCCAGGGUGCCAGGAACGGCGUAUUUCGCUCGCUCCUUGAGUCUGGUGCAGGUGCCGCCGGAACGGACGAGUAUUACGCAUCUUGAGACUUUGCUGCUACUAAGCCUCUUUUCAUACUACCUCAACCGGCGCCAUUCGGCCCUAGUGUUGAUCGGGACAGCCAUGCGUCUUGGUCUCUCCAUCGGGCUAAACCACAACAUUCCGGAGACACAGCUCAUCGACCCGGUAGAGCGACAGCAUCGGGUGCGUAUAUGGUGGACUAUCUACGUUUUCGACCGCAUGUGGGCGUCCAAGAUGGGACAGCCGUCGCAAAUCCUCGACGAGGACAUCCAUCUUGACAUGCCAUCCAACGUCAGCCCGGCGCAACUGCACGGGGACCAGUUCUCCGAUACUGAUUAUCUCAAGGCUAAUAUCGAAUUGGCGCGCAUCGUGGGCGAGACCACCGCCAAGCUAUAUAGUCGACGCAAGUACAGCGAAACAUUCCUACAGCGUGUGCAGAAACUGUUGAAGGCAUUGAAGAACUGGGUGGAAACGCUGCCAGAGCAUCUGCGACUGAAUGAGGAAGACUUGGAGUUGAAUCGGAAGCCGAUCAGUUCGUUACAUUUGGCAUUCAAUCAGUGCGUUAUCCUCGCCACUCGACCGAUUCUGCUUCACCUCCUGAUCAAACUCAGCGAGUCCAACCGCACCAGCGACAUUUCCCAGCCCGUCCUCACACUAGGCGAAGCGUGCAUCCACGCCGCGCGCCACUCGUACUCGAUUAUUCUCACCAAAUGGAUCAAUGCGUCGUUGCCGGUCUUCGGCUACUUCCACGCACACUAUCUUUUCUCGCUCGCCUUGGUGCUUGCCAUGGCCAGCUUCCUCCCCAUCGGCAGUCCAUCCGACCUCGGGGCUUUCGAAACCAGCGUCGAGGUGCUGCGCUACAUGAGCGAGAAUGGGAAUCUCGCCGCUGCGGAAUUCUACAUGAACCUUGAACAGGUCAAGGAAUGUCUGGAUCGGUAUCGGGGGAUGACGACCACCAACCCUCACACCAGUACCUCCAAUCCCACUCACGCACGUAUUCCCUCGGUGGAAUCUACCCCUAUCCCAGCAGUUUCCACAGGUACAGCUGUCCCAAACCCAUCCAUUUUAACCCCAGAAGACGAACCCUACCCUUUGUCGAUGGGCACCGGCACAGCUGCGGUACCAGGUUUCACGACAGCAAUAACAUUUCUCGAACCCACGAUGCAAGAUUUCCUGGCACAGUCAGAUUUCGACUUGGGAUUGUUGCAUCCGGUGGAUACGUUUCUGAAUGAGGAUAGCUUUUAUACGAGUCAGAGAAUAUAA